UCGGAAUUUAGAGUUAAAAGAGAAAGAGAAAAAGAGGGAAAUAGGAGAUUGCGAGAAAGAGAAUGAAGAAAAAAAGAGUAUAAAAAGAAAGUUUACGAAAGAGAAUUUCAACACUCAUCUCUUUUCGGGUUGGUGGAGACCGCAUUCCUUGGAAGAUUUCGUGUUACCAUAGAGAUAGAAGGGGAUUUCUAAUCUGGAAGGCAAAAAAUAGGUGGAAGGGAUUUCUUUCUCCAGAAUGUGUGCGAAAGAAAUCAUCAUGGCGAAUAUAAAAUAGCUCAGUACGAUGUUGACUUUGGCGGUAUACGUUUGGUAAUACUUUCACAAUACUCACGCUCUGAAUAUCAGCCUUUCCGAAUAUCUUCGUCCAGUUUUGCUUGUCAGUGCCAUUAUUUACUUUGAAGCAUUCUUAAUCUUUAUAGAACAUUCGUUAUCUUUUUAUUUAUAACAGUGCUUUAAUAUCAAGAUACCAAACAACCAAGAUGACUAAAAAUCCUUCGGAUAAUCCUGCCGUAGAUAUGGAGGCACGUCUACAAAUAAUUAUGAAUGAAGGAGCAAAAACUCCAAUGGAUUUCAAAAACGAGAAAACAGAAUUACCAUCGUUCUACGAUGAGAAAAAAUUCCAAUUUGGACAACAAGCGUUUUACAAUAAUAUAUUUACUAUGAUGAUAGCAAAACUUUGUGGCCUUGUGUCCGUUUUAGCAAUAAAAACAAUAUUGGAUGUACUAGUGUUCACUGAAAACAGUGGAACCGUUUGUCUAGCAUAUAAAAGAUAUGCAGAAACAAUUCUGCAUACACUAAUUUGGAAUGAAAAGAAUCCCAAUGGCAAACCUAAUGAAUUCUUGGAAUCAAUAAAAAUUGUGAAACGAAAGCACUGUUGUGCCUUUAAAGACAGUACCAUGGCUGGCUUUAAAGCAACGCAAUAUGAUAUGGCACUUACACAAUUUGGGUUUAUUGGAUACAUUUUAAUAAGCCAGGAGUAUCUAGGGAUAAAAACCACUUCUGAGGAAAUGGAGGGUGUAGUGCAUAUCUGGAGGGUCAUUGGUAGCAUGCUCGGCAUAGAAGACAGAUUCAAUCUCUGCUCGGGAACGGUUGAAGAAACCCGCGCCCUUUGUCAACGGUUAUUGGAAGAGGUUUUCGUUCCUGCCUUGUCAAAGGAAGGAAGGAAAAAGAAUACCCAUUUUGAUCAUAUGGCCAAUAUCCUGCUAAAGAGUGUCUGGUCUAUCAGCAUCAUGAUCGAUCCAAUAGGAAUGUUAGCCUUUACUCUUUACUUGGCUUCUUCAACUGCGCGUAACAAUAGUCACUCCAUCGAAAUGGAUUCAAAGACCAUGCCGUUUUACAGUUGGUACUUGUUCAACUUGCAGCACUUUGGUUUAAAAUACUUGAUGCGUCCUAGUGCUUGGUGGUCUCCAGUAUUCCGUUCAAUUUUUAAUAAUUUAAUGCGACUUUCAAUUUUCUGCUUAAGACAUUUUCCCUUUCUUGCUUAUUGGACAUUUGGAAAAAAUAAUGCAAAAGUAAAAAUAUUCCAUGGUAAAUUUGAUUAA